UUCCAUUGAAGCUCUCACAUCUUCGGUGCAUAUAAUUUAUUCCACAUUAUUAAAUUGCUAAAUGAUCCACUCCACUCCGUUGUGCAGUUUAAGAUCUUACAGAGUCUUUCUCAGUAAAACGUUUGAUUUGGUAAACUUAAUCAUACAGGAAAGCAUUUAGUCGUGUGUUUUUUAUUAGUUUAAAAUAUAUUUGAAAAGCUGUAGGGUGUCGUUGUUGUUAUCGUUGUUGCCACGCUGUUUGUGACCAUGAUUGGAAUAUUGUUGGUUUGUUUUGUUGUUGGCCUCCACCACACCACUCUGGCCUACAUCACAUACAUAGAACCGAGAUCGCCACUCAAGGGCCGAGUUCCACCCCCGGGAAGUCCGUGGCCAAUGCCACACCUAUGGAAGAAGUCACCCAAACUCUUCGGUAUCGAUCCUGACCGCUUCUCUUUGACCAGUUCCCUGAAGGAUUGUGACAUAAUCGAUGCGGCCAAACAACGUUACACGAGAUUGAUAUUCCAAGGGAAACAGAACCGAUUCUCAGGACGCUUGAGCCGACCACAGAUUAGAAACCUCCAUGUUGACAUAACGGACCAGAAAUGUCCUCGGUAUCCUCUUAUUAACGACGAUGAAACAUAUGAAGUAAACAUCACCAGUCAAUUGGCGACGGUUUCGGCAAAAUCUGUGUGGGGAGCUUUAAGAGGUUUGGAAACUUUUAGUCAACUGGUGUUUGAACAUGGCAACAAAGAAAUAGUUGUGAACAAAACGUUUAUAAGAGACAGUCCCAGAUUCCGACAUCGUGGUAUACUAUUAGACACAGCGCGGCACUACAUCUCUGUACCGUUGAUAUUGAAGAAUCUGGACGCGAUGUCAUACAACAAGUUCAACGUGUUACACUGGCAUAUCGUGGAUGACCAAUCAUUUCCCUAUGAAAGCCGCACAUUUCCUCAGAUGUCACAAAAGGGUGCUUAUUCCAGUCGUUUCACCUACAGCCAGUUUGAUGUGAGCAGAGUUAUUGAAUACGCUCGUUUAAGGGGGAUCCGCCUGAUACCUGAAUUCGAUACUCCGGGUCAUACGAUGUCUUGGGGUAAGGCGUUUCCCUUCCUGCUGACCCCUUGCUAUGUAGACGGACAACCUGGCCGUGCCAACUACACGCAACAUCACACACACGAGGUGUUCAAUCCAAUUUAUGAAGAAACAUACGAAUUUCUGAGAAGAUUCUUCAAGGAAAUCAUUGAAACAUUCCCAGACCGUUAUAUUCAUCUCGGCAUGGACGAGGUUUAUUACGCUUGCUGGAAAUCAAACCCACAUAUAAUAGAAUUCAUGCGACAGAAAGGAUUUGCCCAAGACGAGUUUUAUAAACUGGAGCAGUAUUAUAUAGAAAGGCUGAUGGCGAUUAUCUCACACCUGGGCGGAAGUUACGUCAUAUGGCAGGAUCCGAUCGAAAAUGGCGCACUGCCGAAAUAUGACACGCUGGUUCAAAUCUGGAAGGAUACAUCGCUCUGGGACAUCUACGAUAACUGGCAAAAUUAUUCAAUGAUGGUGGCCCAGAAGGGCUACAAAAUGAUUCUUUCUUCAUGUUGGUAUCUCAAUUAUGUGAAUUAUGGUCCGGACUGGGAGUCACUGUAUCUCUGUGACCCCACCGAUUUUACAGAUGACCCAAAACUAAAAAACCUGAUGAUUGGUGGUGAGGCCUGUUUGUGGUCAGAAUACGUGGACGCAACUAAUUUCAUGUCACGGCUUUGGCCGAGAGCUUCAGCUGUGGCAGAACGUUUGUGGAGUAAACGAGAAAUAAACAACGUGGAUGAUGCUCAGUUCCGCUUAGAUCAACAGCGUUGUCGUCUGCUAAGUCGAGGAAUUUCCGCGCAACCAAUUAUGAACGGAUAUUGUGAAGAGACACACAACAUACAGCUUUUGGCUUUGGUUUCAUCUCCUGCUGCUACCAUUCAUACUUUUACCAUCAAGUUUUAUAUUUUUUCCACUCUUCUUACUUUUUACUAACAUCAUGUCCUGCUACCCCCCCCCCCACACACACACCAAAUAAACAACUCGUUUAAUUAAUAUUUUAUUAUUUUAAUCUAAUCUCCACGAAAGACCCAUUAUUCUAUUUUUCGCAAUCUUUGCAGCUUUAAAGCAAUGGGCAUUGAUUGUACCAACAUAGAACCAACUUGUUACAAAAUCACAAUUAUAUUCUUCAUUUUCGUCAUAUUUUUCAAAGACUGAAUUGGCAAAUUGGUAGUGACAGGAA